AUGGCGGCUUCUUCUUCUGUUUUGUCACUGCUACGAGCACCACCGGCGCUUCUUUCCGAUCACCACCGCUCUCCGCCGUCGAGCUGUUUCAUCAGAUGCUCUGUUCCGUCUUCCUCGCCGGUGCUAAUCAGUUUCCCCAGAUCGUCUCGCUUGGAAUUCACUGUACCGGAAAAGAGAAAGCUCGCCGCGACUUCGCCGUUGGUCGAGUAUUCAAUCCGCGACCCGAUUCCACCUGAAUCGGGAGAUGUCGACGAGCCAAUCGAGCCAAUCGAGCCGCUCAAACUCAAAUUACUGAGUGUAGUUUCGGGAUUAAACAGAGGACUUGUGGCGAGUCUAGACGAUCUGCAGAAAGCUGAGACGGCUGCAAAAGCACUGGAAGCCGCUGGUGGACCGGUGGAUCUAACCGGAGAUCUCGACAAGCUUCAAGGGAAAUGGAGGCUCUUGUAUAGCAGCGCCUUCUCUUCUCGGUCUCUAGGUGGUAGCCGUCCUGGACUCCCCACCGGACGUUUGAUUCCGGUUACUCUUGGCCAGGUGUUUCAAAGGAUUGAUGUGUUGAGUAAAGAUUUCGACAACAUUGCGGAGGUGGAGAUAGGAGCUCCGUGGCCGUUUCCACCGGUGGAAGCGACUGCGACAUUGGCACACAAAUUUGAGCUCUUAGGGACUUGCAAGAUCAAGAUAACGUUUGAGAAGACUACUGUGAAGACGACGGGGAAUUUAGCGCAGCUUCCUCCGUUUGAGAUCCCGAGGCUUCCGGAUAGUCUCCGGCCAUCGUCGAACCCUGGCACUGGGGAUUUUGAAGUCACUUAUGUUGAUGGUGACAUGAGGAUCACUCGUGGUGAUAGAGGUGAACUCAGGGUGUUUGUCAUUGCUUGA